UUCAUAUUUUUCAGUCGAUUCGCUGCAAAUCAAUUUCAUAACACAAGCGUGUGCGUUAAUUGUUUGCAUCUUUUUUUGCAAUAAUCAAACAAAAUGGUUCUUUCUGAUGGAGUCAAGGAGCGUCUAGGAGUGGUUGUGGACAUCGUCCAGACCACUUUCCACUGGGGCUUUGUGCCAAUGGUCCUGUAUUUAGGAUUCUCCAAGGGAGCGGAGCCUGGCAUGCCACCACUUUCACUGCUGAGCCUCUUGUGGCAAUAGAUAAAUUUCAUACCAAGUAUGAUAGCGAAGCGGCAACGUCCUCAUAAUUAAAUUGACAAAAUGUUAUUGUUGAUUGCCAGGCAUUUUCAUAGCACUAGUACCUUAAGAAAGCUAGCGGAAAUAAAUUUCUGUUCAACCAAUUAAUA